AUGGAUCUGAAGGAGCUUUCGUCCGGCGUAAAAGACGACAAGAUCAGCGAAGAAACCAAGAGUUUGAUCUCUUCGCUUCCCUCACACACAGAUUCCCAUGGGCUGAAGAUGUGCAAGUAUCAAGGAUGUUGGUAUUACCACAACACUGUCCAAGGCGUUGUUAAUUUCCAGAGAGGUUUUCAACCGCAAGACACCGAUAUAAUCCUGGCUUCUAACCCCAAAUCAGGUACCACUUGGCUCAAGGCCCUCACAGUGGCCAUCCUCGAGAGAUCAAGAAACCAUUCUUCUUCUAAUCAUCCUCUACUGUCUGAUAAUCCUCAUGGCAUUGUACCAUUCUUGGAGUUCGAUCUCUAUAUCGAAAGCUCAAGUCCUGACCUGUCCAAGUACUCAUCAGUUCCGAGGGUGUUCUCGACUCACAUGCCACUGCACGCGAUACACGAGACCCUCAAGGACUCUCCUUGCAAGAUUGUGUACGUGGCCAGGAACGUGAAGGACACACUGAUCUCGUGGUGGUAUUUCAGGUGCGCUGUUCGUAAAAUAGAACUAAAUAGAAGCAUUCUCGAGUCUAUGUUCAAAUCGUUCUGCGAAGGAACUUUCUUUUAUGGACCUUAUUGGGAACAUCUCUUGAGCUACUGGAGAGGAAGCCUGGAAGACCCCAAGAAGAUUCUUUUUAUGAAGUAUGAGGAGAUGAAAGCGGAGCCACGUGCUCAGAUCAAGAGACUCGCGGAUUUCUUGGGUUAUCCUUUUACUAAGGAAGAAGAGGAGAAUGGAUGUGUGGACGAGGUCUUGAACCUUUGCUCUCUGCGUAAUUUGAGCGGUUUGGAGGUAAACAAAACCGGGAAAGUAAACAACAUGGAGCACAAGGACUUUUACCGGAAAGGAGAAGUCGGUGACUGGAAGAAUUAUCUAACUCCUGAAAUGGAGAACCAGAUUGACAUGAUCAUUCAAGAGAAGCUCCAAGGCUCUGGUUUGAAAUUCUAGAGCUACGUACGUACGUGUAUGGUUUAUGUUUUUCUUUUAUGUUGCAAAAAUAAGAGUACCUUCCUUUGUUAUAUCCUUUUAAAAAUUUCCUCUUCUUUUCCAAAAUGUAUUUCAGUUGUUGCUUGGAUGUGUU